CUUGAUGAUUUAAGGAGGAGAAUUUUGGUAUUAUAUAGUCUUUGCUUACUAAGAUGUUUUGCACUCGGUUUUGUUAGGUUUCGAACCACUUUUUCUUGAAUUUGGUUUUGAAACUUUGAGAUAAGUCCAUCUCUUAGAAUAGAUUGUUAGUAUAAGUUUUGUUAUAAUAUAAUGUUACAUGUCAUUGUUAUUUUCAGUACUAUCAAUUAGUACUGCAACAAAAAAAAAUUUAGUACUGCAACAAAGUUGUAUGUUGACAAACGGAUUUUAUAAAUAGGCAUGGUAGUGAUCUGAUUUCAACGUUAUUUUUAUUUUUGAACAUAUAGUUGAUAUAAACAAUAAUCCGUUUGUGGAUUCACAAUAGUGUAGAUAAAAUAUGAUAAUACAUAUAUAUACUGUGUGAAGUGAGUGGUUUAGUAUGUAAAAUUAUUAAUCCUUGACUAAUAUAUUGCCCAAAGUUUCUUCAAAUACAAAAUGGCUCAAAUCAACCUACCUUUUAAAGAUGGUCAAACUGUUGAAGUAAGAUCCUUUGAACAUGGAUAUCGCGGAGCUUGGUUUCGAUGCAAGAUAAUAAGGAUAUACAUAGUGGCGGGGACAUUGUACUACAGCUUGAAGUAUCUUGAUUACGAGAACGAAGAGAUACAUGAGCAGCAAGUGUUUCAACGGUUUGAAGAUGAGGAGAAAGAGUGGAUAAUGGUUCGACCAGCAUACCCAUCAGUACAUAAAAACGAGGCUAACCCGGUGCCUCUCGUGGGCCCUCAUGGUUCCUGGAAAGUCGGAGACUUAGUCGAUUGGCAUAAAGAUGGUUGUUACUGGUCUGGAAAGGUUUUGGCAAUCAAGAACAAUCAUGCACUACAGGUUGAGCUGUAUCCUCCACCACGUGGUGAAGGAGAGACUUGCAACGCUUUGAGCAAGGACUUGCGUCGAUCAUUGGAAUGGUCACUUGAAGAUGGCUGGACAUUGCCUUCUACGGUUAGUUUGUAUUCUGAUAUGUGAUUUCGAUGUCUUUUUUUUUUUCCUUAGAUUUGUCAAUCAUGAUCUUUGUUGAUUCAGUAAGGAGUUAAGGAAACUUAAGAUCUUAUGUAGUCUAUAUGGUCAGUUCAGAUUAGGGUAUUUGCACAUGAUUGGUUAAGUUUAUUAUGAUUGUGUUUCUUGUUCUUUUGAUAUACAAUAAAAACUGCAUGUUGGUUCUUGAAUAUGAAUACAACUAGUUGGACU